AUGGCUCUCGCCAACGCGUUCUACAACACAUUCGUCAGGCGCAACAGCGUCUUCGUCACUUCCAUUUUCGCAGGAGCCUUUGCGUUCAACGUAGGCUUUGACGUCGCUGUGACCAGUUUCUGGGACCGUUGGAACCAGGGGAAACAAUGGAAAGACAUUCGCUCAAGAUACAUCCAGGAGGAAUCGGACUCAUAG